AUGGCUUACGUGCAUCCGUCCUAUCUCCAAAACGGUCCUGUAUUCACUCAACAACCGUACCCCCAACAACAGCAGCCAAUUAUCGUGUCAGUCUGUCCGCCGAGCUCUCUCAUUUCUCGUAAUGUUUUCUGCGUUCAGUUACCAGCAACAGCCGCAACAACAACGUCGCCAGGAUUCCUGCUGCUGCGAGUGCUGUGCGUGUUGUCAGUGCUGUCUCAUGUGCUGUGCGUGCAGCUACUUGCUCACUUGCUGGGCCGAACUCUGCUGCUCAGUUUUCGAUUGA